AUGAAAAAGAAAUCUGAAGCAAAUAAGAAGAAAUUAAAUCCGUUUGAGGUUCACAUUAACAGAGAGAAAUUAAAAGUUUUAGGUAAAAAAAGUAAACACGACCGUGGAUUGCCAGGAGUUUCAAGAGCCAAGGCUAUAAAGAAGAGGAAAGAAACUCUAGGCGUGGAAAUGAAAGUAAUGAACAAAACAAAUGCAUUCAUCGAUCGUCGAAUUGGUGAGAAGAACAACCAGUUAUCAGCUGAAGACAGAAUGAUUGCUCGAUUUGCAGCUGAGAGGGCAAAACAGCACAGCAAGAAAAACAUUUACAAUUUGGCUGAUGAUGAAAUUUUGACACACAGAGGCCAAACUUUAGAGCAGAUUGAGAAGUUUGAUGAUCCACGAUCAGAUGAAGAGGAUGACGAUUUUGAGAAAAAAUUUGGAGGCUUAGAUAAUGACUUUGUAUCAGAAGGACAUUUCGGCGGUGGUAUCCUUUCUAAAACUGACGCACAAGAUGGCGCAAAAUCACAUAAAGAUCUAAUCGAGCAACUUAUAGCAGAAUCAAAGAAGAGGAAAGCGGAAAAGCAAAAAGAAAAAGAGCAGACUUUGGAUCUAACAGAGAAGUUGGACAGUGAAUGGAAGGACUUACAGCCUGUAGUAUUUAAGAAAGCUAGAGUUGAGGAAGAAUCAGUAAUUGAUAAAGUAUUGAGCAAAGCGGAAAAGGGUCAAGACUAUGAUAAGAUGAUGAGAGAGCUUCGGUUUGAGAAGAGAGGGACACCGUCUGACGGGUUGAAAAGCACGGAGAAACAGGAAGCGGAGGAGAGGAAAAAGUUGGAGGAGUUGGAGAAACAAAGGCAACUGAGAAUGUUGUCAGAGGAAGAAGCAGCGGUACCAAACAGAUCACAGCCAACCGCAAAACACAGGUCUGCCGACGAUUUGGAUGACAAUUUCGAGCUGGACGAUGAAAGGGACUUCAUGUUGGCUUAUGAUAAGGAUGGAAAACCUCUUGUUCCUGAGCAGGUGCUGAAAGAUUUUUCGGUACCAAACGCAAAACCCAAAUUCGAUGAUGGCAUAUCAGACACGUCUUCGGAAGAUGAUGGAGAAGAUGAAUCUGACGAAGAGGCAUCAGACGACGAGGCAGCAGACGCAGAAAAUAAAAGCAUAGAAAAGAAGAAAGAACAAGAUAUUGAAAUACGGGACCAACAACAGGAUAUUAGUUCGAGUGAUAAUGACGAUGAUGAAAAUCAAAGCUCUGAAGAAGAAAAUACUGAAGAAUAUAAACAAAGUCAGGCACAGAUUCUUAGUGAGGUAAAUGGAAUUAGCAAUAAAGAUGUCAGAAGUGAAGAAACAAAGGAAGAUGAGGAAGAAGGUUCUGAUGAUGAAGCAGGUUCUGACGAUGAACAAUCGGUCAAAGGCAAUGAGUUCGACAAUUUAGAAGACUUAAAAGAAUCUAAGGAAGAGUCAGAGGUAGAAGAUGAACACGAAGAAGAAAGCAAGGAAACGAUUGAAUCCUUCUUUGAUUUGAAAGCUGAGGAAGGUGUUAAGUUGAAGGAGUUACUCACCGGUAAAUCGCCGUCUCAGCAAUCCGCCGCUCUUCAGAAACUGAUAAAGAGCUACGACCCCUCCCAGUCGGCCAACAACAAGGAGUUACUCAGCCGUCUAUUCGCGCAUUUGCUUCAGUACGUCAACGACCUCUUCCACGGACUGAAGGACGAGGGCGGAGCCCUAAAGUCGUUCCUCAUGUACGACAAGCUGCUCCCCCAUUUCUACGACCUGGCGCACACAAACAAAGUGUCCGCGAAGCGCUUCAUCUGCGAGCUACUGAAGGAGAAACACGACAAGUACACCAAAAGCCCCCGGAAAGUUCCCGAUCUUGACACGCUGGUCUUCUUCAAGCUGAUAUCGGCUAUCUACCCGACUUCCGACUUCCGCCACCCGGUCACCACGCCGUCCGUACUGUUUAUGUGCGAGAUCCUCACCAGCUGCCGCUUCAGGGACGCCUACUCCAUCUCCAGGGGUCUAUUCCUCGUAUCCCUUAUAUUGGAGUAUACCGCGCUGUCGAAGAGGUACGCCCCGGCGGCGGUGAACUUCCUGCGCGGUCUACUGUACCUCUCGGCGGACACUUCCGUCCUGAAUCCAGUACAGGUUGUCCCACCCUUCAAACUGCACGGCGCUGAGAAGGUGUUGAGGCUAGAGCGCGAGUGCACAAGCUUAUCGGCCGGCGACAGGAUGUCGAGCGCCGAUCUGGUCGCUGACAGCUUGGGCGAAAGGUUCAAGGUCAACUGCCUCUACAACAGCGUCCUCAUGCUGAGGGAGUACUUCGACAACUGCUGCGACAUGGAAGCCCAAGGUGCAAUCUUCGAGCCGCAUAUCAAGCUGAUGGACAGGAUCGACCUGGAUCUGUACCCGAAGAAAGUUGCAAAAGCGGUCAAGGAAGUAGCCCGACAUAUGAAAGCCACUCUGGAAGUGAAGACUUACACUCCAUUGGCGAGGGAGAGGAAGCGGCCCAAAGCCCUAAGACUGUACGAGCCGGAUAUACAAGAAGUGUUUACUGGAAGCAAGAGUUCAAAACUGUCCCGAGAGAAGGCGGAGAAGGCCCGACUUGAGAGCAAGUACAAAAAGGAGAUGAAGGGAGCUUUGAGGGAGAUAAGGAGAGACAAGGCUUAUAUCGCCUCGGUGAAGAUACGACAGAAGAUCCAAAGUGACAUCAUUCGUAAGGAUAAGGUGAAACAGAUAUACAAGGAUGCAUCCAUACAACAGGGGGAGCUCAACAAAUUGAAACGAAUGAAA